UUGCAGGUACCACGAAGACAGAAGCAAUCGCAAGGUAUUAUCACGAUUAGGAAUUUGCAAACUCAAGGUUCUUCAAAAAUCUAAUGUUAAUAACACGGAACAUGCAGUCAUCAGUCGUUGGUUGCAGAUUGAUACCAUCAGGUUUGCGGUUAAAAAAUAAUGAAAUGCCACAAUGUAAGAUACCGCAGUUAUGGAUGAUAAGCGAUAAUUUAGCCAAUAACCGUUUAAACUCAACUGCUAAUAAUCAACGAAAAGGAUUGAUGCAACAAUAUGAAUCAUUGUUAUCACGACGAUAUCCUAAAGCUUAUGCUGUUCACAGAAUGGUCAUGGAUGGAUGCAAAUGGUGCUGGUCAGAUAUAAAAACAUAUUAUCGAUUGAAAAAAGAUUUAAGAACUAAAACCCGACAGAUAUCAGAACUUAAACGAUCUGAAUUGGAAAUUCUUCUCCAGUGCCCUUCGGAAAUAACGCAUAUAAUCACACUAUUAAUGCUACUUCAAAUACCGGUAGUGGGCGAGAGUCUCUGCGUGAUGUUGGUAUUUUUCCCACGACUUAUCUUAACUCGACAUUUUUGGACAAAUGAUCAGCGAAAAAGAUUUUGGUCGACAAGUCUAAAGCGUACAGCACAAAUGCAUUUUGAUCCAUUACGGAAAUAUCUUCAAAAUUUCGAUAUUAAUGUACAAACACCAUUAAAAGAACUCAAGAAAUUGGAGUUGCCGGAGAUGAAUACUUAUUCGCUUGGACAUUUGUACCACUUAUCAAGGCUUCAUCGAGUAAGUUUGCUUACUGGUGGUGUUCGCGGGCUUCAUGAUCGGGCAGAAAUACUGCGACAUUUGGAUCAUUCGUUAAAAAGUGAACAUACUGCGAUCGAUGUUAUGAAUGAGCAACAAUUGUAUGAGCAGUUUUAUCUACGACGUUUGCAAUAUGAUGGCUUAUCAGAGGAAAAAAUGAAAUGUUUGUUGAAAAAUUGGGUUCAGCACUUAACUGAUCCACACUUGAAAGCGUCUCUUUUCCUGCAUAUACCCAUCUUUGAAACUGCCUUGAAAAGCGCUGCUGAAAACUUGAAGCCUAUCCAGAAAUGUUAAUAGUGAAUAUCCACCUGUAUGCAUACAUGUGUUCCAAAACAUGAAGCUUGUGUUUAAAUAAUUUGAUUUGAAUUUAAAUCCAUGUCAUUUACGACUAAAACUACAACUGUUUUAUUUAUCAGCAGUACGCUGCUGAAGAAUGUUAUAGUGUGAAAUAAUGUUUGGACUAUAAGUUCCUCUUACGUUUUCCAGUAUGUUGUGAUAUUCUAAGGUUCUCUAAAAUCUUCUUUUUACACCUACAACAGUGGAUACUUAUUCUCCACAAUAAUAUCAUAUAAAAUGUGGGAUUGGUUGGAUCGAUCAUGCAAAGUAGAAUAAAGAUAUAGCUUGCUUUGCUUUUUAUUCUUUGCUUCUUGUAGUUCCUUUUGAUUCUUCCCGUUGCAUAUAUUUUAUUGCUGGAUUUCUUGCAAACUACGGAUUUUGUUCGAUUUUCGGAAAAAAAUGUAAGAUGAGAGAGGUAUAUAAAAGUUCUAGGAACUCUUUCAACUGUGUAUGUAUACUAUUACACUAUAAUAUUAAUACUUUUUAUUCUUCAUGUUUCAU